CGUCAACAACCCCGCUAGCGCCAGUAAUCGCCACACUCUGCCCACGAAAACCACAGCCAACGUGAGUAUAGACCUACCGACAUGGCUAAUGUGGGAAGCUUUUAUCUGUAAGUUUUCCGGUUAACAAGUUUGAGCGAACCUAAGGUAACAAACCGGAAGUUUUCAGCAUGACAAAUCCAGAGUUUAGGACAUUAGCUUACUCCAAAAGCCCGAAAACAACGAGAAGAACUACAUUUCAGGAUGAGCUUCAGGCUGCUGUCUCUGCCAGGGCAAGCAAAGCUACACCCAGCAUGCACCCCUACUAUGAUGACUUUGAAGGAGAUGAUGAUGAUGAUGAUUUUCUGCAAAAACUUUUGAAAUUGAGGAAAGAGAAAACUGGUGCACUGAAGAGCGCAAAGAGUAAAUCCAAAUCCAGCACCUUUGAUCUUUCCGAUGACGAGAGCAAAGACGGCAAGACAAAGAAAGUUUCCUUCUUGAAAACCCAAAGAACCAGCUUUUUCUCAAACAACACAACAGGAUCAGAGUCACAGGAAGUGGAGCGCCCAGACUCAUCCGUCGGUGGACACGCCAACUACAGUGACUCUUUUGCCUCCACGAAUGCCAGCGAAGACGAUACAGAACUUAAAAGCAGUCACGAGAAGCCUGCGGAUCAUCAAAAUAUAUCCACAAACCUAAGUGACUCUCUGUCAUACCAAACAUCAGGUGACACCCUGCUGGACUUGCCUCUGCCGCUCCCAUCUGAUGGCAGUGUUGGAGAAACUCCAGGUCCAGAGGAGAAGAGCGUCUCCUCUCUGACUCCUCCAUUAUCCACAUCUGAUCUCAAUCACACAGCUUCAGCAGGUGAUGUCAGUAACCGGGAGCCUCCUAAACCAAAACCAAGACAGAGGACCCUUGGAUUGAGCCUUCAUGCUGUGGAAAAGCCACCCGAGGAAACGGAGAAUCAGGACAUCAGCAGGCCCCAGACCUCUUCUGCAUCAAUCCCCCUCUCAAACGAUACGUCCAGCGUCACAGCUGUCAGGAGCUGCAGCCCUCAGUGGGCCAAUGAAGAUCGCACAGUUUUAUCUUCAAAUAAAAGUGAACAGUCACAACUUGUUACCAAAUCCACACUCGGCUCUGGAUCUAGAGAUGGAUUUCUUUCUGAUGACAGCAAAGAGCAGGAAAGACAUUGCUUUACAUCAUUUGAAGAGCCAAAUCAUUUUCCUGGAGAUCGAUCAGAUCAACUCUCCCAUGUCCCUGAAAAAUCAUCUGAAACCAAGACUUCAGGUUCUGGCUCUCAGACCACUCACAGAUCUCAGAGUGCGUGCUCCAGACAAGUGGAAUCAAAGUAUUUGGGUCGCCUCAAAGUUCUGGAUCAAAAACUGCAGGAUUCUGAGCCACAAGCAGCAGAUUCCCUCAGAGCUGCUGUUUACCAGGAAUGGCUCCAGAAGAAAAAGGAAUCUUCAAGAGAAAACAUGCAAAUAAAGAAGAAGGAGGAAAUCCAGAAGGAAACAAAGAAAAGGGAACAGGAGACGAAGAAGGAAGAUGCGAUCCUGUCCUACAAUGCCUGGAAAGACAGAAAAAAAGAAAGUCUCAAAGCAAAAGCCAAAGAAAAGCAAGAUUUAAUAAGAAAAGAACAACAAGCAGCUGAAGAUAAAGAAGAAAAAAGACAAUCAGCCAAACAGGUGUUUGAAAAAUGGAAACGUGAGCGUGAUCAUCUACUCAAGGAGAAGUGCAGAAAACAUCAAGAGGCUGAAAAUAAACUCAAAAUGAAAAAGCAAGAACAAGAGCAACAGAGACGACAGGACAGCACUUCAGCAUUUUCCAACUGGAGUGAAAAGAAGAAAAAUGUUCUUCAUGAAAAACAUGCGGCAGAACGUAAAUUAGUUAAAAAUAAGGCACAAGAGGAGCAAUACAUGAAGGAAGAGAGAGAGAAAAUGGCUCUGGAGAUGUAUGAAAACUGGCUGGCAAGAAAAGAGCUGGAACAGAAGAGACAGAGAGAAGAAAGACUGAUCCAGUCAAUACUGCAGGACAAUCCUCCGUGGAGCCCCCCUAACAAAACCAUACCAUUUGGAAAAUGACUUUUGAAACGUAUCAGAGCAUCCUGGGAGUCUCUGUUCAUCAUACAUGACAAACGAAAACAGUAUAUUGUACCUAAAUUGUAACAGAAAAUACAUUUUAUACUUUUGCAAAUUUCUAUUUUUCCACUUAGAUGAAAUGCUGUAUUUGUUAAGAGGGAAUGAUGCUGUCAGGGUUGCAUGUUAAAGCCGAUUUUCUGUCUGUCAUUUCAUACAGCAGUGAGCAUUAAAGUGUGAA